CACAAAACCUUCCAAACUAUUAACCACAGUGAGAUCUUCAAUUCUUUCUCAGAAGACAAAAAUGGGAACUAAGUCUUACAUGAUCAACACAGAAGAUCUGCACAGCUCCGUUAUGAUGCUCACUGCCGCUGCUCUCUUGGCCGUUGUUUGCUACUUCUGGAUUCAGGGGAAGUUCAAAUCCAAAAACGCACCACCGUUGCCUCCGGGACCUUGGCCACUGCCGAUCAUUGGGAACCUCCCAUUCCUAAAUUUUGACGUCCUUCACACGCAAUUCCAAGCCCUAACCCUAAAACACGGCCCUCUCAUGAAAAUCCACUUCGGAUCCAAACUCGCAAUUGUCGUAUCUUCCCCGGAUAUGGCUCGAGAGGUUCUCAAAACCCAUGACAUCACUUUCGCCAACCACGAUCUCCCAGAAGUUGGAAAGAUCAACACUUACGGUGGAGAAGACAUCCUCCGGUCUCCUUACGGCACCCAUUGGAGGAGACUCCGUAAGCUAUCCGUCAUGAAGAUGUUUACUACGCCUACACUUGAAGCUUCUUACUCCAUUCGGCGCGAAGAAACAAGACAGACCAUCGUUUACAUGUCGGAAAUGGCCUGCCACGGCUCUCCGGUCAACCUCGGUGAACAAAUUUUCCUUUCCAUCUUCAACAUCGUGACACGAAUGAUUUGGGGAGCGACCGUUGAAGGAGAUGAGAGAAGAAGCUUAGGAAAUGAGCUCAAAACCCUAAUAUCUGAUAUCUCCGACCUUGAAGGGGCUCAAAACUACUCAGAUUUCUUCCCCUUGUUCUCAAGAUUCGAUUUCCAGGGAUUGGUUAAGCAGAUGAAAGGCCAUGUGAAGAAGCUUGAUCUCUUGUUCGAUCGUGUUAUGGAGAGUCAUGUCAAGAUGGUGGGAAAUAAGAGCGAAGAAGAAGAAGAUUUUUUGCAAUACUUGCUUAGAGUCAAAGACGAUGAUGAGAAAGCUCCACUCUCGCUGACUCAUGUCAAGGCUGUCCUCAUGGAUAUGGUUCUUGGUGGAGUGGACACAUCGGUUAAUGCAUCAGAAUUCUCCAUGGCAGAAAUCAUAACCAGACCAGAAGUUUUAAACAAGAUCCGACAAGAACUGGAUCAUGUUGUUGGAAGGGACAACAUCAUUGAAGAAUCACAUCUACCUAAGCUUCCUUAUCUACAAGCGGUUAUGAAAGAGAAUCUUAGGCUUCACCCUACGAUUCCUCUUCUUGUUCCUCACAAAAACAGCGAAACCUCGGUGGUUGCGGGAUACACUGUGCCUAAAGACUCCAAGAUAUUCAUCAACGUUUGGGCGAUACAUAGAGAUCCUAGGCAUUGGGAUGAACCAAACGAGUUCAAACCGGAGAGGUUUUUGGAGAACUCACUUGACUUCAAUGGGGGUGAUUUCAAGUACUUGCCUUUUGGAUCUGGGAGGAGGAUUUGCGCGGCUAUUAACAUGGCCGAGAGACUUGUUCUGUUCAACAUUGCGUCACUUCUUCACUCUUUUGAUUGGAAAGCUCCUAUAGGACACAAGUUUGAGGUUGAAGAGAAGGUUGGGCUUCUUCUUAAGCUGAAGUCUCCGCUCGUGGCUAUUCCUGUUCCAAGGUUGUCUGAUCCAAAACUAUACACAGCUUAAAUUAAGUAAUUUGGGAAGUUUGGUCUGGGGAAGUUGAAUUAAGUUUUCUUGCUUACUGUUUGUAGUUUUACUUUUUGGUCAUGUUUUGUGAAAAGCUUUGGUAUGUUAAUGUCACUUUUGUGGCUAUAUUUGAAUAAAAUGAAGUUUUCACUACA